GUGUGGAUAAAACGCACACACUGUCUCAGAAAUUUUAUGCAUGUAAUUAGGUCUAGAUAUCUAGAAAGCCUUGGCGUAAUGCAUGACGACCUUGACUCCCAUGUACAUUGUAAUACAAGUAAGCAGGGGACGCUAAAUGCGAUUGCCCUAGACGGCUGUGGGAGCGGAUUUAUCGCGUACACAUGUGUGAAGAAAUCUGCCCGCAAAGUACGCACGAAACGACUUGAUGGCUAGAUCAUCGCUGGGCCUCGUUCUCAGAUACAAUGCUCCGACGACUCAGAACAAUGAAAUCUUCGAGGAAUGGUUGGAGUCACAAGGAAUCGAAGUGUCACAGCCUGAAGAUUUGCCCGUGGACGCCUACACAGAAAAGGAGCGUUGGAAAAAUGUAGCGCCCCCAAAGAAGGUCAAAAGCCACGACGACCCAUUGCUUCGCUUCCUUCAGUAUGACGGAAAAGUGCUCGCAUUCAACGUGGUGUGGGACGAUCGCGACUCCGAAAAUGGUGAACUGCGACCUUACAAGCUUUUGUACUUCUUACAAGAUGACACAAUCGCUGUCAAGGAACUUCAUGAUGAUCGAGGUGGAAAAGACCCCUUUCCUUUGUUACUUAAGAAAACGAAGCUCUCAAAGAAAUGGAAUGAAAAGCCCGGUAAGACAUUUUUUUUUCAUUUUCUUAUUUUUCAAUUUCCAAAUAAAUAG